UUUUGAAUUCUUCUCAAUUUAUAACAUUUAGCUUUCUUUAUUACAUCCUCACAUCCUUUUAUUUUUGUCUUGGCUUUUUAUUUUUACUCUGCCGCAACAGCAAAUAUAUCGGUUUUGGAAUUUUACAGAUGGGAGGAGAAAACAGCAAGCUGGCCUUUAGGAAAUGCGUGUUUCGUCUGGCUGAGCAGCGGAGCCUACCAGACAACGCAGAAGAUGCUUGGAGUCCAUUUUGGAUUUUGCCUGAUGGCCCGCACGACGUCUUUUCGCUGGUGACACCAGCAGAUAUCCGGCGAAUCCGCGACACCGCGCAGGAGAACUAUAUAAAGCUGAUCGACAAGGUGUUUGAUCGGCUGCUGGUGCUAAAGGCGUCAAAAGACCUGGCGAAGAAUCCGACCAGCACAAAGCAGCUUCUAAAUUGCAUACGCAUCCUGACGCGUCUGGUUCCGUUUGUGUACGAGGCCUGCCCCGAUGGAAGCUCGACAGAGGACAUAAUACUGUGGACACAACGACCGCGACCAGGCAGCGGCGCUGACUAUAUGCUUGGGCGGCAGCUAGUUUCUGCGGUGGUCGACUUGCUGUUUACAUCUGGGUUUACAGUUCCGCCAGCAACGGUUGGGGAGGACGCAGUCGUGCGCUACACUAUCUGGGAGAACGGUAUCGGCCAGACGGCAUCGCUGGGAUCGUCCAAGGAGCACAUAGCCAAUCGCAUCGAGGUUCUCCGCCUGCUUCUAGUUUUGUGCUCAAAGACCAUGUACGUGCCUGCCGCCCGGUCCACCGCGCUGCCAAACAGGGCGCUGCACGCAGUCGCAUACAAUUCAAACAAGCGCAUGGUGCUCUGCCUGCUCUGCAGCCUCAUCAAUACGUCGCUACGGGAUCGUGUGCAGGGCUGGGCGAUUCCAUAUCGCAGCUCGACCGCGUUGGAUCCCAGCGACGAGCUCUCGCUACACGCAUUUCAGACUCUCUUCAUUUUGCUCGACUACCAGACACCGGCUAACAAGGCAGGCGACGAGGACGCAGACUCUGCAGAGCACUCAGCCGACGCCGACGCCGACGCCGACGCCGACGCCGACGCCAAUGCCAACACACCAUCGAUGAUUCUGGUGACGGGAACAGCCACUGGUGCACAAAACCUAUUCCGCGUGUUCAUUGCCAAGCUCCAUCGCACGCAGGAAUUCGACUAUCUCAUCAGCAGCAUUAUCCGUCUUUUGGAUGAGGCGAUGCGCGCCAACAUGUCCAUCAUGGCCUCAGUCACCAAGCAGUCGACGCGGCACGCAAUGCCACAGGAGGCGUGCAUUCUGCUCUGGAUUCUGCUCGAGAACAACAGUCCGUUGAAGAACUACAUUGUGGACCACAACAACUCGCUCAAGCUGUUUUCCGUGUUGCUUUACUUUAUGCUUAACGGAUACAGCGAUCCGUCCCAGGCAGGAAUGGUGCGCACAAUAUCGCACAUCCUACAUUACUUGUCCGAGGACAGCCGCUUUGCAACUCGCCUGAUGCAGCCGUUCGACCAGUCCAUAUUGCCCGGCAACAUGCGCAUUGCCGAUGCCUCGUUGACGCAUGCUGACUUUAUGAUCAACACCGUGUUCACCCUGCUCAGCGCGUCCAAGCCCUACCUGGUGCCUGUGUAUUCGAAUCUCUUGUUGUUGGUGCGCAAUGUGUCUCCAUACUUGACCCAGGUCAGCCAGACAACAGCGGAAAAGUUCAUAUCGCUGUUUGACAUUAUCUCGUCGCCAGCGUUCAUAAUUACCGAGCCAUAUCACAUCAGGUGGCUGAUCUACCUGAUAGAAGUGUUUGACUACGUCGUCCACUAUCGCGCAGCAGACAAUCCAUGCUUGAUGUAUACCAUGGUCAAGGCGCGCUCGUGCUUUACUCGGCUGCGCUCUUUCGACCUGGACAAGGCCAAGGCCGAGCUAGCUAUGUUGCGCGAGAAGAAGGGCAAGGCUGACUCGGCCCGUACAAUUGGCAGGGCGCAGUCUCACGUGGCUAUUGCGUCCAUUUCUAGUGAUCUGCCGGACGACGUCUCGUCUAGGCUUUCCUCGAUCUCAUUGACCACCGAGACUACCGAUUCUGCCAGGCCACCCAGAAGCAUUGACGGAGCUGCGAGCCCGACGGUGUCAAGUAAGGCGCGCGGAAAGCGUCCAGACAAUGUCCAAGCACCAGGCUCGAACCCCAGCGAGCACGAGCAGUCGAGUGCGUUAGAAUCUCCCACAGCACAAGUGGACAAGGGAAAGGGAAAGGGCAAAAGCCACGCUGCGGGCAAGGGCAAGUCUGUCAAUGCUGCUCCGGGCCAGAAGCAGUUUCAGCCCUCAGUUGAGUGGGUGUUCUCAUGGCUGCCUGAUCUCCCGCUGGACCCGAUCAUCGGGGUGCUCGAUACGCUUGCUGCGCACAUUGACAGGAUUUCCGAGGAGGUCCAGCGUAACGCUGAUGCUGCGGCAGUAGCAGCGGCAGCAGAAGCCGCAGAUGUGGCCGCUAUGCAGCAGCCCGAAUCUGCGGCUUCUCGAGGCGAUGUCAAGGCCGACGCCCUGCAUCAGCCGCAAUCUCCCACCAGACAAUCAGCCGACAGCACCCACAUCGAUUCGGGCUCUGUGUUUGCUAUGGAGGCGGUUGAUUCAACAUCAGCCAUCAUUCACUGGCUGAGCUCCGACGCCAUGAUACAGGCGCUGCCGGAUCUUGAGGAUUCUAUGCCCGAAAUUCGGCCGAGGCUACAGGGACUCAGUCCUGCUAUGAUCGUGUGGUUCAGGAGUCUUCUGUGGAGUCUCAUCUAUGGCUCUGGGAUGAAGCCAUUCGGCAUAUGGAAAAACACACAUGUUCGUUUGUUUGUUGUCAAACACUCUGCCUAGGGUUUGUGUUGGCAUCAGUGCCAUUGACGUUUCUCUUUGCUUGGGUUUUUUGUUGGUUUAAUAGAUGUUAUAAAUAUUUGAA